CGCGGCGGGCAGGACAGACGGGGUCUCUGCGCUCUAAGAGGCCAAGCUGUCUUGGCUGAAGAGAGACGGCUCUGAUUCUAAGAGGAAGAGCAAGAAACAGAAGGAGAAAGGAGAACCUUCUGAACCGCAGGAGUCAGCUGCUGAGUCGGAACCACAGGGUUCAUGUGUGGCGCGCUUGACUGAUGAGGACAAAUCACCUGAAGAAGAAAUGAGUUUUGGAGCAGCGUGCAUUUUCCUGAGAGGAGGGAAAAACAUUUCCAGAGAGCUGGCUGACGAUGAGAUUGACGAGCUGCGUGACGCUUUCAAUGAGUUUGACAAAGACAAGGACGGGCUGAUCAGCUGCAAGGAUCUGGGGAACCUGAUGAGGACCAUGGGCUACAUGCCCACGGAGAUGGAGCUGAUCGAACUCAGCCAGAACAUCAACAUGAACCUUGGUGGCCGGGUUGACUUUGAGGACUUUGUGGAACUGAUGGCUCCAAAGCUCCUGGCGGAAACAGCUGGGAUGAUCGGCGUGAAGGAGCUCAAAGAUGCCUUUAAAGAGUUCGACAUGGAUGGAGACGGAGAAAUCACAACGGAGGAGCUGCGAGCAGCCAUGAACAAGCUGAUGGGAGAGCACAUGAGCCGCCGAGAGAUCGACGCCAUUGUGAAAGAGGCAGACGACAACGGAGACGGAACCGUAGACUUCGAAGAAUUCGUCCGAAUGAUGUCUCGUCAGUGAUGGAACACCUUUCAAAAAUGCUUAUUUGCACCUUUAAAAUCAGCUCAAAUGUUCCUUUCGGUACCCUUUGAAUCAAUAACUUAUUAAAAGAACACCUACUAAAGUCCUCUCAAGACAAUAGAAACAACUUCAAAAUGAUUUCAUGAGAGAUUGUAAAGAUUUUGUAAAGAAAAGAGGCUAAAAAGUGUAUUAAUACCGAAACGAGUGUUUUGUUUGUACUGUACAUAAAGAGGGAUUUUUAAACUGGUUUAUUGGGAUGAAGAUUUUUGAAAUAAACAUGUUACUGAUGAAAAAUCUGUGUUUUCACAUUCAUUUUUAUAACUCUUUAAAAAAAUAUGAUGAAUUACAAAAUGUGACGAUCUAAAAUCCAGAAUGGAAAUAAAAUGUAAACAAAUAAAUUAAUGUAUUUUAUGUGGGAUGCUCAUUUUUAAGUGAAUUUAAAAUUAUAUAUUUGACUAAUUUGAUUAAUUUAGAGAUUUGUGUCAACAUUUAUAAAUACAAAUUUGAAAACCUAUUGGAUUUAUAAAAUAUAUAUAUAUAAAGCCUCUAUAGGCAGGGUGUAAAAUGAACAUCACUAUUAAAAAAAAUAAAUAAAUAAAUAAAAAAAUUUAGUUUGAGUCAUGAGUUACGCUCAAAACGUCAACAGAACAUGGAGAAUUUAAACAUGAUUUCUAUACGUUGUAUUUACUUCAUGUUGAGUAACAUUGAACAGAUAAAGC